GCAGGGGAAGUGAAACCGAAAUGCGCAGCGUGGAGGGCGGGGAGGGAGAGGGGGACGGAGAGAGGCGUCGCCGGGCCUCGCCGCGCUUCGCCGCCGCCGUGCCGAUGUCCCGCAGGGCGAGAACGGGCCGGGAGGAAGGGGAGGAGGAAAAGGAGGCGAGGGGCAGCCAGGCGCGGCGCAGGAGCCCGCAGGAGCCCGCGGCGAGCGUCGGCAGGAGCCAGGGUCGACAUGAGAGGAAAAGGAAGAAGCAGGAGGCGCAACAGCUCCAGAAGCUCCAGCACCUGGAGUCCUUCUAUGAGAAACCUCCCCCAGGACUAAUUAAGGAAAAUGAAACAAAACCAGAAGACUGCAUCCCUGAUGUACCAGGCAAUGAAAGCGCACGAGAAUUCCUGGCCCAUGCCCCAACAAAAGGGCUUUGGAUGCCUUUGGGAAAAGAAGUCAAAGUUAUGCAGUGUUGGAGGUGUAAGCGUUAUGGACACAGAACAGGAGAUAAAGAAUGCCCAUUCUUUAUUAAAGGCAAUCAGAAAUUGGAACAAUUUAGAGUAGCACAUGAAGAUCCCAUGUAUGAUAUAAUAAGGGAAACUAAACGUCAUGAAAAAGAAAUGAGGAUACAGCAACUGAAACAGCUCUUGGAAGACUCCACCUCAGAUGAUAAUGAUAGCAGUGACGACAGUGAUGAGGAUGAUGAAGAAAGCAGCAGCUCCACUUCCUCAGAAUGUAGAAAUAAACACAAGAAAAAAAAGAGAAAGAAGGAAAAGAAAAAAAAAGAAAAGAAGAAGAAGAAAAAGAGAAAGCAUAAGUCAUCUAAAUCUAAUGAGAAGUUAGAAGGUGACUGACAGUAGUCAUCUGCUACACGCUCAAGGACCAUUACUUGUGAACUGCAAGGGACAAUCCAAAGAAUGAGGAAGAAACCACCAGAAAGGGCUUUAUUAAACUGAGAUCAUACAGAUGGAUACAUAUAGCACCCUACAUUGGCUCUUCUUUCCGACCCCUCUGUAAUGCUGCAGCCAGGAAAGAGAGAGCUGCAUUAAACCAUACUCAAUCAUUCAUAUCUUUAAACCCUAAAACCUGUGCUAAGGGCCAUCCAGCGGGGUCAGAUUGAGCCUUGGCGUUGCUCUGUAACUGUCCACAGAAAACCAUAACUACAAAGGCAGAAUUCACACACAGCACUGACAGUUUCCUUACAGUCCUUAUGAUGUUAUACGAUAUUUUUUUUCUCUGCAUACUGCCUGUGUGCUGAAGUUCAUUUUAGUUAGCCUAGCACUGGCAGCUGGGGGAAAUAAAGAACACUGCUGAAGGGGAAAAGAGUUCAAGAGAAUUUAAGACAAAAUCACAGUAUCAGCAAGGCUCGAUUUUUUUGUAACAAAAUCUCAGUGUGAUCAACAAUAAUAGGCACAGUUCUAUAAUACCUAAAGUGAUCCCCAAACCAGAGGAUUAGGAGCCAGGUGUAAUGACGUUAGAUGUUCAAUUUUACUAUAAAGAGUUUAGUUAUUUAAAGAAAUGGGUGGUUCGUGUUGGAAAUGAAAAAGAUGUAUUUCUACGUACAUUUCAGUAUCAGUUGUUUUGAUACAUUUGAUUUUUUUUUCCUUUUAAAAAGGCCUAUGGAAGUAAAUUCCAACAUAUUUUGUAUAUUUACUAGAAUUAUUUCAUGUCAUAUUUUAUGAAUCAUCCCACAAGAACAUAAAUGUCUAAGGCUUUCAGUAUGGUUUUCAGAUAUAUGCUUUUAAGUUGCAGAACAGCAGCAAAGAACAUGUAAGCAGGAAGAAAGGAAAGAUAUGUACUCUGCUUAAAAAAAACUUGGCCAGUCUACAAGGUCACUAACACUCCAAGGCAAACUUAACUGGAAAGAUAGAGAUGUCAAUACACUGCAUUAGAGUAAGCAUCUUUUUGAAAGAUCAACAGAUAAAGGUACAGCAGUGCAAAGCUAUGAGUUGAGGACCUAGAGGUUUAUUGGAGCUUUCCAAAAGGAAAAAGCAGAGAUUUGCUUUGAAAAGGACUAGGUCAGAUUUGAUCUCAUUCAGCACUUAAUCUCUAUGCUUGUUAUUAUAUUAAGCAAAGCAUAAUAAAGCUCUAACAUCAGUAGCCAUUGACGGUGAAAUCAAGGAACCAGAGACACAAAUGAAUUUUAAUUUGUUUUCCACUGAGUGCUUUGGAAGAUAGGGAAAGUAUACAUUAAAAUGUGUUUUUUUCCCUUC